AUGGCCAAUGGCAACCCCGAUUUGUUGGCUCGAAUUUACGGGACAACCGGGUCUGUUGAGGUUCACGGGGCCUGUCCUUCGCUGCCAGAGGCCUUUACUGUCUAUCCAGCAUUUGGAGGGGAGUCAGAAGCCAACGAGACGCGUGGUGAGGGCAAGCGGUACGACUUUUCUGCUCCAGGGCUGGGAUUCCAGCAUCAGGCUGACAAUAUCGCGCUGGAUGUCAUGAGCGGGCGGUUGGAGAGCUCCAUAAUCCCACAGGCGGAGACUAUCCGCGUGAUGGAGACAAUGGACGAGAUUCGGCGUCAGGGAGGGACUAGGUAUCCAGUGGACUAG